UACCUAAAUGCGAAAGAACGCCAGUUGUAUUUAAUUUAAUGUAAUGAAAUAAUUUUAGAUUUUUAUUAAAAGUUUAAUAAUUUUAAUUCAGUAGUAUUUUAAUAUAACUUAUAGUACAAUGUCUCGUUCCGUGCGUGCCGAAACUAGGAACCGUGUGAAAGAUGAUAUCAAAAGAGUCAUGCAAGCUGUUGAAAAAGUUCGCCAUUGGGAGAAAAAAUGGGUGACUAUUGGGGAAACAACCAUGAAGAUAUACAAAUGGGUGCCGAUAUCCACGAAUGAACAGAAGAAGAAACAUGCAGCGAAACGAGAAAAUAAAGAGAAUACACUAACACCCAAAAAAAUGCACGACUCUUCUAAUUCCAAUUUCGGAAUGGCAGAGGACUCGAAUACAUGUUUCUCAACAGUAAGUGAUUCUCAGGGCCCCACAGACUUCACCUCGACGCACAUGAACUUUUCUGAAGACUCCAAUUCACAGAGCAGUGGUACCACAACACCCGCCAAAAGAUUAAAAACAGACUGAGGUAUGACCAAAAGUUAAAAUUUUUGGUUUCCAAAUAUAUAGACUUUAUACAAAGCAAAGGACAUAAACAUAAUGAAAAUGUGAGCUGUGUGUCAGUGUUAGUGAUGUGCUAAUAAAUAUAAAUGCAUAUAUGACCUUAAUUUUAUGUAGUUUUCACAGACAUUAUUAUUAAUUGUAAUAUAUGAGUAUAUUUUAUGUGAAGACAGUGUUCAGAAUAUACUUUUUGAACUGAUA